AUGUCCACCACUCUCGCCUUGCCUAAUAUUUGGGCCCCUUUUCAAUUCUUCGCCGGGUUGCUUUCAUACUUCAAAUCUAAUUCUUUGAACUCGCUCCUGAUAGCACAGUUUAAAGAAGAGGUAGAGGGUACUUUGACUAUCACCGACAACCGGACUGGGUCCAAAUACAAUGUUCCUGUUAUCCGGAACUCUAUUCCAGCCUUGAGCCUGAGACAAAUAAGUGCGGGUACGAAAGGGAAGAAUGCCCGGCAGCAGUUUGAAGAAGGACUCCGCGUGUUGGAUCCUGGAUACCGAAAUACUGCUGUUAAACUUUCCGAUAUUACUUUUAUAGAUGGCGAACGUGGUAUUAUUCUGUACCGAGGACGGCCGAUUGAAAGCCUGAUUUCCAAGAGUUAUGAAGAUAUUGCCCACCUCCUCAUCUGGGGAGAUCUUCCCACCGACGAACAAAGAAUGAAGUUAAGGAGAGACCUGGCAAAAGCCUGCGUGGCCCCUCCGUGUGUCCGGAAAAUCAUUGAGUCUUACCCGCGUGAUACCCCACCAGUCGUGAUGUGCAUGGCUGGAUUAACAGCAUUCAUGGCUGAACAACCGAAUCUGAUCCCGUCAUUUGUCGGCAAAAAUCUUUACAACGGCAAAUCCGAGAUGGUCGAUCAACAGAUCAUCCGGACCCUUGCUGUCAGUGCCGUAGUGGUCUCUCUUACUUUCUGCCACCAGAAGGGUCGGAAAUUUCAGGAGGCCGACCCGGAAGCUUCCUUCAUUGAGAACCUUCUGCGGAUGGGUGGCUUUACUGAUGCGCAGACGACCGAUGUAGAUCCCAUAAAAGUCGAAAUCCUCCAGCGACUCUGGGUCCUCUACGCGGACCAUGAAAUGACCAAUUCGACGGCGGCAUUCCUCCACGUCGCCUCAUCUCUGGCUGACCCUGUGUCGGCCACCAUUGCCUGCGUGGCUUCUGGCUAUGGGCCCCUUCACGGCGGCGCCAUUGACACGGCCUACCAAGCUAUGCGGGACGUGGGGAGCCCUCGGAAUGUCCCGAACCUUAUUUCCCGGGUGAAGAACAAGGAGAUGCGGCUCUUCGGCUAUGGUCAUCGCAUCUAUAAGACCGUGGACCCUCGCAGCCGCUUCAUUCGUGAGAUGCUUGCCGGUCUCACCAAGGGCGAUCUCGCCGCCAACAUGGAUCCGGUCCUGGCUAUUGCCAUGGAGAUCGACCGUAUUGCUGGGGUCGACGAGUACUUCACGAGCCGUAACCUUCAAGCCAAUGCAGACCUGUACGGCAGCUUUGUCUACACGGCCCUGGGGGUCCCCGUUGAAUUCAUCACGCCGGUAACGAUGCUGUCACGAAUGCCCGGUAUCAUGGCACACUGGAAGGAGGCCAUGGGGCGAACCCCUGAGAUCUGGCGGCCUCAGCAGAUCUACACUGGACCAAAACCUUGUGGCGAAGGAUCUUCCUAA